CUUAAUUCUAACUCAGUUGGAAGCUAAACCCAGACGUGAGCGGUCGUGUCCCAUCCAUGUGUCAACAAAAUUAAGUGAUAUCGUGAAAAGUGAAAUAAAAAUGAUUGAGAACUUAUCGUCUAUUGUCGAAGCAUUAAGCAAAUCAUUCAGCCAAAUAUCGACGCUGCUGGGCAUACAAUGGGCUCCCAUGGAUAUCCCGAUGUCCCGUCGCCUCCAGACCUUCGCCGCUUUUCUCUGGAUCUACUUGAUACUCUUUGGAGAAGCUUUUGCAAUAUAUCUCUUCAUUAGGCUGGUGUACUCCAAGUAUUGGUGGGCGGCGCUACUGUAUGGAGCAUGGAUGUUGAAUGAUAUUGAGAUAUGCAACCGUGGUGGACGAUCGUCAGAAUGGGUGAGGAGUUGGAUAUGGUGGCGGUACCUAGCCGACUACUUUCCAAUCAAGCUAGUAAAGACUGUCGACUUGGACCCUUCCAAAAACUACAUGUUUGCGUGCUUCCCCCACGGUGUUAUAUCCCUUGGAGCCUUUGGAAGCUUCUGCACUAACGCCACAGAUUUCAAGAAGCUGUUUCCCGGCAUUACUUGCCAUCUCAUCACUUUAGGAGGACAUUUCCUAGUUCCUUUAUUCAGAGACUUGGCUUUAGCACUUGGGAUAUGCUCAUCUUCGGAACAAAGCCUCUUGUAUCUGUUAGACAAGAAGAAGUAUGAAGGAAACUGUGCUUGCAUGAUCAUCGGAGGCGCUGCUGAAGCUUUGGAUGCUCAUCCCAAAGAAUAUAAAGUGAUUCUCAAUAGGAGGAAAGGAUUUAUUCGUGUUGCGAUGAAGUCUGGGGCUGCCCUAGUUCCAGUUUUCUCAUUCGGUGAGACAGAUAUAUUCCGGCCCCCGAACAAUCCUGAGAACAGUCUGCUGCGUAGAUUCCAGGAGAAGGUGCGGCAGCUCACCGGUAUCUCCCCCAUGUUCCCCAUGGGACGAGGAGUGUUCCAGUAUUCUUAUGGCGUACUGCCAAUAAGAGCGCCUGUCACUACAGUCGUUGGUGCUCCCAUGGAAGUAAAAAGGAACUUGGAACCAACAAACGAAGAGAUAGACGCCGUACAUGCGGAGUUCACAGAGCGGCUCCAAACUCUCUUCGAAACAGAGAAGAAGAAAUACCUGAAGUACCACGAGGAAGCUCGGCUAGUCAUCACAUAGGCAAUUUAUUUUAUUUUUAUUUAAAAAUCUAAAUACACCACGGACAGUGGCCAGCACGUCGAC